AUGGAACGUUUGUCCUUUGUGAAAUAUCUUCCCUUACGGCGAAUUGCCCUCGUUUUUAGCUUGUUGGUGUUAUAUACUAUUACUUCAACUCUCUUCAUAAACCACCCACCAUUUCGUUUUAUUGCAAAAACGAACGAAGCAAAUAAAAUCGCCGAUUUCUGUCGUGAGUGGGUACGUCAGCAUCGUGCGUGCUCGGACUGGCAGGCCAUAAUCAAACCGUGUUACGACAAUAUGGCCUGGGGAAAAGUGAAGGAUGGCUGGGAAAUAGCUAACAGAACCGACGCCUCAACAAGUGAGAUAACAUUUCAGGACAUCAGGCCUGCUGGAGAGUACAGUAAGAUUUUCAUCCAAUCAAAAACGACCGACAAUAGAGCGAAAGUAAUUGGUGGAGACACCUGGAGGGUCAACCUACGUGGCCCAUCAAGCAUUGCAGCGACUGUUUUUGAUCACAAUAAUGGAAUUUAUGAAGCUCUGUUUCUUAUUAUGGAGCCUGGUAUCUAUCAACUGUUGAUUCACCUCGACUAUAGUCUGUGCGAUGGAUUCAGGGACCCUCCACGUGAUUGGUUCAUUAAGGGGAACGUUCAUGGGAAAUUUCAACCGAGAAAUCUUUUAGGCCCCAUGGUUGAUUACUUGGCACAGCCCUUUCAGAGCGGAACACAUCUCGAGAUAACCGUAGAAACAACAGAUACGAUCGUGUCAUUAGCCGGUAAGCAACUUGACAGAAAUAAAGGCGAACGCUUUGAAAAUGAGUCGCUUCGAGCGCGUUGAGAAUGAGUCUAUUUUAAAACCAAACCAGAGUAAUCUCAACAAGAUGAACGCUAGUGAGAGCUUAAUGUAAAAACACGAAAACAGCUUGAGGUGCAAGAAAACGCGAUUGAACAAUUCACGAUUGCUUUGAGCUUUAGUUAAUUUAUUGGUUUAAGAAAGUGAUGCGAGUUUUCUGGAUCAUUUACGUCGCAAAGUAAAGCAAAAGCAAUACAAUCUCGGAUUACUCUCGCCACUUAUUUUAAAGCUAUCGUAUACAGCACGCGGAUGGUCUCAGCUAUAGCUACGAUUGGAAGAAAUGUGUCAGAGAACUUGAAGCAAGAGUAGCUAAUGCUGCGACAUCAAGGGUAGUGCUGCUGGAGUGAAGGUAGAUCAAGGCAUUUACAACCGAAAGAGGGGCUUGAAAAUUAAGGAAAAUUAAAGAUUGACAAUUUCAAUAGAAAAUAUACUACAGGUUUAAAAUAUGAGUAAGACAAUAAUAAUAAUACCGCAAAUAAUGAUAACAUUAUGGAUAAUCAUGACAAUAAUAUGAUAAUAAUAAUGAUAAUAAUAAUAAUAAUAGUUAGCUUUUCACAAGGCAAAUUAUUUAAAAAGUAAUAUGAAAACAAAACGUUGUUGACGCUAGGUCAUUAUCACGGUAAAAUGGGGGAAUGUAUUUUUGCCUUGUAAAUAGCUCACUUGGAAACUUAAACGAACUCUAUGGAAAAAAUGAUAGUAAUGAUUAUAAUAAUAAUAAUCAUCAUCAUAUUCAUAUUUAAGAAUUGUAUCCUGUGCCCCUGGAAUUCUCUCUAAAUCCAUUCUUGGUAGUACGCCUACUUUCUUAAUUAAACUGUUCACUCCCGUGAUCGAAAUAUUAAUUCUCCUUUCUGAUUACCAUAUAUUUCUUAUCAGUAGGACGUGAGAAGUAGGUGCUAAAUUAAAAACCAUUUCCUGCCUUAUGUAUUACUUUCUUUUCAGUACGUUUCUGGUGCAAAAUAAAUUGAUGCAAUAGGUUGCUAUAAAAUCAUAAUUUGUUACUCCUGAGAGACUUGAGAGUACCAGACUUGAGAGGGUUUCUCUUUCGACCAGCUCAUGAACAACUGAAAUUUCAAUUAAUUUUCUCUUGAUUCUCUCUUCCCUACAGACAAACUUCAUUCCCUUGAGUCGUGUUCUUCCACGUGCAAUAACUUGUGGGAUGGAUUUGGUCGGUGGAAGAAUGACAAAUGGCGGCCAUACCUCGAAGGUUAGAACUCACCUACCAUAAGCUAAUUGAAAUAGGAUGAAAAAGGGGAGGGAAAUUAAUUAGAAAUUAAUUAGAAAUUAAUAAUAGCAUUAAUGUUGAUUACGAUGGUAAUAAUGAUAAUGAUAAUAUCGAUUAAUAGCAAUAACGAUAACGAGUAUUUAGCAUUGGACAUUCUACGAGGUGGCUCAUCUUGUCCACUCUUUUCAGUUAGAAUUAGAAUUUGAAAUGUUGGUUUUCCAGCAUUUAAUCUACUUUACCAGCAUUGGGUUGUGAUAGGGUUUCGAAGCAAGAAUUAAAUGAAGAAUGUACUGUAAAAAGUGAAAAUUACUUAUAUAACCCUCUUUUGGUAGGCAUAGCACUAGUCUAGAUUUGGAUAGCUUUCCAGAAACAACAUUACUAAUUAAAGUUGUACCUGUAGUUUUAACCCCAACCCGAACUUGUUGUCAGUUGACUGUUGUUUGGUCAUGGGAGGGGUAAGUGUGUGAUUGCUUCGAUACUGACGUUGAGUCCACUUUUCCUUUGAACAGAAUCAUACGACUGGUCCUUACCAGAAAACUACAGCUCUUCUGGUACUUUCUGGGUGUACGGUGAUUCAUUAGGACUUAUGCUGUUUAAUUCAAUCCGCUCUCGUGACCUGUGCACAAAGCUCUACUCCAACUGCAAAAACAGUUAUAACUGGCUCUAUCCAACCAGGAAUGAUAAACCAGUCAACAAUACACGGGAUAACCUCGACUUUCGUCCGGAGAUAGUCUUAAAUGCUAUACGCAGCGUUCUUAAUACGACAGACUUACAGCAACCAUCCAGUGUACUGCUUUUAAACCUUGGACUUCAUUAUACCCGAAGCGUCAAUUUCACAACUUUUCAGAGGGUCAUUGGAGACGUAAUAGACUUGUUGAAAGAGAAAACAAUUGACUCACAAGGCAAAGAAGUUCUAAAGUUAAAAGCGAGGGUCAUUUGGAAAUCAACUACAGCCUUAUGUAAGCAUAAGCAAAGGAACCACAACCCAACAGAUAAGAGAUUCCUCACACCGCAGGUUUGUACCCUAUGA